UCAAAGGUAACGCCGGGGAUGGUGGCUGCCCUGCCCCGAGCUCGGCUCCACCUGCCUGUGACGCGCAGCCCGCGGGAGGGACGGUGCGGCGGCCGUUCGCCGGAGGGAGAUCAUGAUGGCCCAAAGGAGUAGAAUACAUUUGCUGUUCUGCUUUCUGGCUGCGUUCUUCAUCUCUGCCCUAGCUGAGGAACACAUAGGAGAGAGUCAACAUGCAAAUAUUCGCCUUGAUAAGAACCUGGUACAAGAUAAAGAGUAUGUGUUCCAUGUUCUAAAAAUCCACAUCAUGGAACAUUUGGAAGGUGUUAUUGAGAAACCAGAAUCUGAGAUGUCUCCACAAGAGUUGCAGCUUCAUUACUUCAAAAUGCAUGAUUACGAUGGCAAUAAUUUGUUAGAUGGGUUAGAGCUUGCUACUGCUAUAUCACACGUCCACAAAGAGGAAGGUGGUGAGCAUACCCAGGCAAUGAAAGAAGAAGAGCUGAUUAGUCUAAUAGAUGAUGUCUUAAGAGAUGAUGAUAAGAACAAUGAUGGAUACAUUGACUAUGCAGAAUUUGCAAAAUCACUGGAAUAAGGUUUUGCAGGGGGCUUGUUUCUCCUUCUAACUACGUGGAAAUGUGAACCAGUAUAAUGUGAUUCAUUACUGUCCCAUAUCAACCUCUGCUGUGAGAAGGAGAGGUGUGUACCAGUUCCAGCUGAAUUUAUUUGAAAGUUGUUUGUGUUAAGAGACUGGCUAACUCAGAGCGAGAGUGAUGUUUGACUAAACGUAGCUACCCAUUUGAAUCUUGAAGCAUGGAAGCGUCAAUGGUACUCAUAUAGGGUACAGCUGGCAAACUCUUUAAGUAGCUGUGUAUGAAUAUUAAAUAGAUCAUAUACAAUCUAAAUUUCAGGUUUUCUGUCAUUGGGUUAUAUAGUACUUGUUUGCUUACAUCUUCUAUUUAAACUUAUAAAAUACAUAGAAAGCAAGAAAAGAUUGCUGCAUAUAGUUGUAUUUCAAGGAUAAAUGUCCUUACGUUCCCACUAAUUGCAAAGGAAAUUUGCAUAUGAGUACAUGUGCUUGAAACAGCAAUUGUAGAAGAAAAGUGUUUGAAUGUGGUUUAUGUUUAAGGUCCACAUGAUACCAUAUGGACUUUAACACAGUCUUUGAAGAAAUUGAGUAUUUUUAAAUAUAUGUACUUCCUAGCAUACCCUUACAUUUUACAUAUAAAUAUAUAUACAUGUGUUUUU